CCCACCGACUCGGGUCGGCGCCUCAACCGGAGUCAGCGGCUGUAGCGCCUUCCCACGACCCGAGUCCCUGCGUCUCGGAGCUCUCCCGGAUUGGCUCCCGCCCCGGGGCCAUGGGCCAAUGAGAAGCGCGCGGGGCGGGGCGUCGCCAUCCUUCCGGGUUCCGGCUGCGGCUGGUGUCGGGAAGAGGCGAGUCACGUCUGGAGGCGGAGCAGGGGCCGCUGCGGCUCGUCCUUGGCGUCAUGGCUUCCUACUUCGAGGAGCACGACUGCGAGCCGGGCUCGGGGCCUCGGGAACAGCUGCACCGCCAGGCCCUCCUGGAGCUGGCCAGGUCUCUCUUCAAUGGCCUGGAGAUAGAUGUGGGCUUCCUGGAGAGUGAAGACUGGGACCACCGGCUCCCGCCACCGGCUGCCAAGCAAGCUGUAGAGAGCCUUCCUUCAGUACCCAUUACCCCACAGCAGGCAGAUAAAGGCCUGAAGUGUCCGGUAUGCCUGCUUGAAUUCGAGGAGGAGGAGGUGGUGAGGAAGAUGCCCUGUCAGCACCUCUUCCACAAAGGCUGCAUUCUUCCCUGGCUUGGAAAGACCAACUCCUGCCCCCUCUGCCGUCACGAGCUGCCCACUGACAAUGAGCAAUAUGAAGAGUACAAAAAGGACAAGGUGGGCGUCAAAUGCGGUGGGCACCUGUAGGGACACGGUGUGUGCGGAGGAGCACAUCUCAUUGUUGGUGCACUCUGUGUGCGGCGGGAGCAGCAAGCACACCGGCUGGAGUACCUCCAUGGUGCAAUGUACACGUGACAAAGGCAGGCCCUCUCCUCCUCCUCCACAAGGGCGUCAACGACAACCCCGUCCAAAGUUGUCAGGGACCAGAAUGCCUCUGGGGCCAAGAAAGGCAGCAGCCACCCCCCACUUCCUAAAGUUUGUUACACUUCAGGAAUAAAUGUCCCCAGCCUUGA